AUGACAAGCAAAGCCGCAACCAACCCCAACCCCAACCCGGACACCUCUGACACCGGAGGCGCCGAAGAUUACAGACUUGACGACGAUUUCAUCAUUGGGAUCUCCUCAAUCAUCAUCUUCCUCAUCGCUUUCAUCACCGGCGUCUCUUACUUCUGCUUCCGAACUAAACGGAACCGCGGCUCCCAAGUGAGCCACAACACGGCCGAACAUGAAGAAGCUGGGCUGGAGGAGGGAACCUUGAAUAGCUGUCCCGUGAUCACAUACGCUGAGGCAAAGCAUCAGGAUGCGCGGUCCGCCGACGACAGCUGCUGCUCUGUGUGCCUGGCGGCUUAUGGAGAAGAUGAUGAGUUGCGGAUGUUGCCACCGUGCGGGCAUUUCUUUCAUGUGCAAUGUGUGGAUCCGUGGCUGCGGCGGCAGGCGAAGUGCCCAUUGUGUCGGUCUUCAAUCAACGCCAGUGUUGAUUCUCCUUAUCUUCUAAUGGCAUCUUUUAAGAAAAUCGUGUUGUUUUUAGCUUGGGAUUGGGUGAUCUUCCCUGCUUCUGUUUCAGGAUUACUGGGUGUGGCAAUAGCUAUCCGCAAUGUUACUUCUCACAUGUGCAAGAAAAAUUAUUCCGUGUGGAUGCCGAACAUUGUCCAAAGAUUAGUCAGAAUGCGCCGCAUCACUCAUGUGCUUCGUACUGUGGCUCGGUACCGCUGA